GUAUCACCUUAUCUUUGUUUAGAGUCAGCUUGCUCAAUGACUUCAUUCCCAUGAGAAAAACAAGCGACACACGCCAAAUACACUGGCGAAGGCAAGCUCUUAAGCUUCUUGUUGUUAGGCGCGGUGAUAAACUAGCCUACAUCUGCCAAGAUCACUGUCACGUCGUUAGUCGCGCACGAGCUUGGUUGCACCGGCGUUUCCACCCGUCAACUUGAAUGAACCACAUGACAGCUUCUGCUCUGGAGCUGAAUUUAUAUCACCGCAAGCUUGACCCGCCCUGCUUGCACAAACAGUAUUGAUGGAUCCAGCUUGGCAGAAGAUCCAAGGCUUCUACAAAUGGAUUUUGGAGAACGGAGACAAGAGAACGGACCCGUGGCUGCUGGUCUACUCUCCCAUGCCGGUCACCGUCGUCUUCCUCUGCUAUCUCUUCGUCUUGUGGGCCGGGCCCAAGUUCAUGAAGCACAGGGAGCCGGUGGACCUGAAGGCCGUGCUCAUCGUCUACAACUUCACCAUGGUCUGCUGGUCGGCGUACAUGUUUCAUGAGUUCCUGCUGUCCUCCUGGCUGGCGAGCUACAGCUUACUGUGUCAGCCGGUGGAUUACAGCAGCGACCCGCUGGCAAUAAGGAUGGCAAAAGUGUGCUGGUGGUUUUUCUUCUCCAAAGUCAUUGAGCUCAGUGACACGAUAUUCUUCAUCCUGAGGAAGAAGAACAGUCAGCUGACCUUCCUGCAUGUGUACCACCACGGCACCAUGAUCUUCAACUGGUGGGCGGGGGUCAAAUACGUGGCCGGGGGCCAGUCGUUCCUGAUCGGGAUGAUCAACUCCUUGGUGCACGUGGUGAUGUACCUGUACUACGGCCUGGCCGCCCUCGGACCUCACAUGCAGAGAUACCUGUGGUGGAAGCGCUACCUGACCAGCCUGCAGCUGACGCAGUUCGUCAUCCUCACCGUCCACACGACCUACAACCUCAUCGCCGAAUGCGACUUCCCCGACGCCAUGAACGCCGUCGUCUGCACCUACCUCCUCAGCCUGAUCGUCCUCUUCAGCAACUUCUACUACCGAAGCUACCUCACCAAGAAGGAGAAGGAGAAGAAGACGUGACCGGCGAGCUCGCUGCUUCACACAUACCGCGCAGCUGUGUACGACAAGGGUUCCCCAAUAAACCUGCAGUUUGGCCUCCUU